AUUUCAAGUAUGCGCUCGAAUUGGACUUUGUGAGGAUUCCCGUUCUUGGUCCCACCUUGCUGCGCAUCAUGCUCAAUAAUUCCGCUAGAAGGGCACUCGAGGUGCAAUCCAUGCCAGCCGACGGCCCUUGGAUGACAAGAGGGUAGGGUUGGUACCGGUGAGUAAAGAACCGCACGCAUUCUACUGUUGGUGGUGUAAUGGCAAAGAUAUGGGUGUUUGGAACAUCCAUGAUUUUGAUUUCGACGGACUCCAUGGCGACGUCAACGCUUCCGACGUGUCGCAGGACACAUCCACGUUGUGCUGCCUCCUCGACACGGACGCGAACCAUUUCAUCGAUGGCGCCUUCGAACGCAUGGUGGUCAACCAUGGGCUCUCCCUUAGGAAAGUCCACCAACGUUUCGCUUCGGUCUCGGAUUACAUCGUGGGUCACGUUGCGGUCCACCCCAAGUUCCUUUGCCAAGACCAUAAGGACACAAGACACGUAGUCGUUUCCAAGAUCUAGGGAUAAAUCUUUCUCCAUCAAAUCCAUCGAGAUGGCUUCCUUGACGGCCUGAGAAAAGGAACAUGGCUUGCCCAUGGCAUCAUCGCCUAUGAUGUCCCCUUUGAAGGACCCUUUAGUGCAUUCCUUGUCGAAUUGACCGCUCCGAGUAAUCUCGGGAGGAGGAGAGAUGCGAAACAUGAUAUAUGACAUGGCUACCGACAUGAUUCCGUCGACGCGACGAAUUUUGUCACCCGAGUUUAGAAGUGUGCGAAUGGUACUAAUGACUGGUAGUCCCCCGCAAACUGUGACCUCCUUGAGAUAGUGGGCAGAAAGCUUCCCACGCGCUGUCUCGGCGGCAUGGAUCUCGUCCCUGAUUUCCUUGCUUCCGGAAAUACCAGUGUUGUUAGCUGUGACUACGUGAAUAUCUUGUGAUAGCCACUGGGGAUGGAAUCUGCUUGCAUCAACGUCGUCGGUACAAUCGAAGAUUACAUGAUGAGCGCAAUCGUCACGGACCAAACUUUCUACUAACGGCUCCAAAUCUUUGUGCGACGAGCGGACAACAGUUAGAUCACCACCGGGAGUAUCUCUCUCGAAUGAUAUCCGAGAUUCGGAGGAGGAUGAACUCACUGGUUUCAUGGCACCUCUAACAGUACCGAGAUUUAUCGACUCAUUGCCGUCGUGAUUUUUGAGUUCAAGAAUAUCGGUGUCGUGACUGUCCAUGGCCACAGUACAAACCUGCAAAUCGAUUUCGAAGGAACCCCAAAGCUUGCGGCGUUGAACCUCCAACAACCGCAAGAGGGAUUCUCCCAGUGGAUUGUUCAUUCCAACUAUCCCUACCCGAACUGUGGUGUGCGACAACCGAAAGGCAGCAUGGAGCGCUCGAAGGGCACGGGUCGCUUGCGAGGUGGCAACGACCACAGAAAUAUUACGUUCAGAACAUCCCUGUGCAAUUGCAAAAAUGUUGAUCUGGGCAUCUCCCAGAGCCGAGAAGAAACGCCCCGCUACGCCAGUGACUUGCUUCAUUCCGUCGCCAACCGCUGCAACAAUGCUACAUGGCGUGUUGACCUCGAUGUUUGAAAUUCUGUUCUUUUCGAGUUCUUUUUGAAAUUCCUCCUCGAUAGUUUCUUUGGCUCUGGCUGCAUCCUCUUCGGGUGUUGCAAAGGUUAUGCUGUGUUCCGAAGAUGCUUGCGAAAUCAAAACAACGUUGAUACCCAUGUGUUCGAGUGUGCCGAAAAGUCUCUUGGCAACACCCUGAACACCAAUCAGUCCCGAACCUUCUACGUUGAUGAGGGCCAUGUGAUCGAUACUCGAAAAGCCGCAAACGCAGGAAUCGGAUUGGUGGUCCGUGACACUGGACGUGAAUAUACGCGUUCCACGGAAUUUUGCGUUAAAUGUAUUUCGAAUGAAAAUGGGAAUCUGUGGGUUGCUCGAGAUUGCCGGCUGCAUCGUCUUCGGAUGAAUGACCUUUGCUCCGAAGUAGGCGAGCUCCAUCGCUUCGUUGUAAGAGACUUCCGGCACCGCAUAAGCUCCCGGUACACGCCGUGGGUCGGCACUCAGAACUGAAAGUGAUGGGAGCAAGAUAAUCAAGGAAGAGUUGAUGAGAAAGAAAUGAUCGUGAGCAUGUUCAAUUGCAUGGGAUAGUGAUGGAGCCAAGAUACACAAAGCGCUGGCGCACGCACCUCCAUCAACAUCGGUCCAAAUAGUAAUGUUGGUUGAUUGCAAGAGUCGUCCCAUAAUAGCGGCUGAGUAGUCCGACCCAUCUCUUUGGAGCGUCGUAGCAACUCCUUCUGUGUUGGACGCAACAUAACCUGUAACUACAAAAUG